AGCUUGCUGCCCCAUGCCCCCGCAGUGCUCACGGAGGCAGGCCAGCCCUGCAGGUUCCCCUUCCGCUAUGGCGGCCGCAUGCUGCACAUGUGUACAACUGCAGGAGGUGCCCACAGGAAGUGGUGUGCCACAACCCACAACUACGACCGGGACCGGGCUUGGGGCUACUGUGUGGAGGCCCCCAGUCCUGAGGGCCCAGCCGCCCCAGACCCCUGCGCCUCCAGCCCUUGCCGCAACGGCGGCUCCUGCGCCCCUUCCCAGGACCCAGCCGCCUACCACUGCACCUGCCCCUCGGCCUUCACGGGCACGGACUGUGGCACAGAAAGAUGCUUUGACGAGACGCGCCACGAGUACCUGCCGCUGGGUGAGCGCUGGGCCCGCGUGCGCCAGGGCCGCGUGGAGCAGUGCGACUGCCGGGGCGGCGGGGCCCGGUGCCAGGACGCGCCCCACACAGGUACAGCCGGCCCGGGGCCUGCACGCUGGGGCUGGGUGGACCUGGGCUGCUCCCUCCGCAGACCCGGGCUAGCUUCCGGCCCUGCCCCAGUUUGCCAGAGCAGCCCGUGCCUGAACGGGGGCACCUGCCACCUGAUCGUGGCCACGGGGACCACCGUGUGCGCCUGUCCACCGGGCUAUGCCGGGCGUCUGUGCAACAUCCUACCUUCCCAGCACUGCUUUCUGGGAAACGGCACUGGCUACCGCGGUGUGGCCGACACGACCACCUCGGGCCUCAGCUGCCUGCCCUGGAACUCCGACCUGCUCUACCAGGAGCUGCACGUGGACUCGGUGGCCACGGCGGCCCUGCUCGGUCUGGGUCCCCACGCAUACUGCCGGAACCCGGACAGGGAUGAGCGCCCCUGGUGCUACGUGGUGAAGGACAGCUUGCUAUCCUGGGAGUACUGCCGCCUCCCGGCCUGCAUCGAAACGCUGGCCAGGAUCCAGCCCCCGGUGUCGGAGGCCCUGGUGCCGCUGGCUGAGCCAGUGGCAGCUGCGCGGACCACCUGUGGACGCAGGCACAAGAAGAGGAGCUUCCUGCGGCCGCGCAUUGUGGGCGGCUCAUCCGCCUUACCCGGCUCCCACCCCUGGCUGGCAGCCGUCUACAUUGGCAACAGCUUCUGCUCUGGGAGCCUGGUGCACACCUGCUGGGUGGUGUCCGCCGCCCACUGCUUCGCCAGCAGCCCGUCCCAGGAGAGCGUCACGGUAGUGCUGGGCCAGCACUUUUUCAACCAGACCACGGACGUGACCCAGGUGUUUGCCAUAGAGAAGUACGUGCCAUAUCCACUGUACUCCGUGUUCAAUCCCAGCGACCAUGACCUCGUCCUGAUCCGGCUGAAGAAGAAGGGCGAGCGCUGUGCUGUGCGCUCACAGUUUGUGCAGCCCAUCUGCCUGCCGGAGCCGGGCAGCACCUUCCCCGCGGGCCACAAGUGCCAGAUCUCGGGCUGGGGACAUGUGGACGAGAACUCGAGCAGCCACUCGAGCGUCCUGCGGGAGGCACUCGUGCCCCUGGUCGCCGACCACAAGUGUAGCAGCCCGGAGGUGUACGGCGCCGACAUCAGCCCCAACAUGCUGUGCGCUGGCUACUUCGACUGCAAGUCGGACGCCUGCCAGGGUGACUCGGGUGGGCCCCUGGUCUGUGACAAGGAUGGCGUGGCCUAUCUCUACGGCAUCAUCAGCUGGGGCGAUGGCUGUGGAAGGCUCAACAAGCCAGGUGUCUACACCAGAGUGGCUAACUAUGUGGACUGGAUCACUGACCGGAUACGGCCCUCCAGGCGGCUUGUGGCUCCCUCCUGAGACCCCCCAGGGAGCAAUGGUCCUGC